CCGUUGCUUUGGCCUCCCAAACUUCGCCCGCCGUUCCUGCGUUAGACACGAGGCUAGCAACGCGCUCCGUCAUCGCCGCUAGGCCGCCUCACCCCACUAAGCUGCAGCUCACGCGUUGACGACCGCACGCAGCCGUCACAUGUUCACGUGCAGUCUGCCCCCGGCCUCCUCGCACCUAGUAUUGUUCCCAGCCGGCGACCCACCCUCACACCACCAUGGCUCCGGACCUUAACACGCUGCCGCCCUCCCCGCUGCCCUCGCCCUCCGCCUCCAACGGCACCUCUCGCAACCAGUCGCCGUCCGCAUCCCGCACCAUGGCCGCCUCGCCGCACUCCCUCGCCGCCUCGCCGCACUCCCUCGCCGCCACCGCCGCCAUGAACGCCGGCAUCCAGAACGAAGACCAGCGCCGCCCGUCCUCCGGUAGCAUGCGGCGCGACGUCGAGCGCGCCCGGCGCCGCUCCAGCAUCCGCAUGAACCUCAACCUCAACGACCCGACCGUGCCCGCGCCCGGCGAGAUGCAGCGCUCCCCCUCAGCCCGCACCCAAAACCCGCCGCACAGCCCGCGCCACGAGCGCGCCCCCAGCCUGGGCGAGCUGCACCAGGAGCUGGAGUACGAGCAGGAAGGGCAAGUGAACCGCCUGCUCCACAUGAUCCGCCAGCAGCAGUCCCAGAUCGACACGCUCGCGGCCCACGCCUCCGCCGUCGACGACGCCCCGACCCCGUCCUCGGAGCGCUCUGCGUCGCUGUCGCGCCCCGCCGUGUCCCCGCUGCCCGCGCCGCGUUCGCGCUCGCCGUUCGCCAUAAGCCGGCAGUCGUCGUUCGCGGACCGGUCGCGCGGGCCGUCGCACGCCGGGUCCCCCGCGCUGCGUCCGUUCCCGGGGGCCCCGCACGAGCACGACAUGCUGCCUGGCCCCGCCACGACGCGCGAUGAGAGCGCGUUCUACCAGGCUGAGACGCAGAAUCUGACGCGCGAGAACCAGAUGCUGAAGCUAAGGAUUCGGGAGCUGGAACGCCAGCUCGCAGACGCGAAUCCAGCGGCCCAGGCCACACACGCGCCAGCCGUGCACUCGGGUCUUGCGCCAGCGGAGCAUGGGGGCGAGAACUCGCUGCCCGCUGCUACUACUACGGAGGAGUGAGGGUUUGAAAGCCCGGGUUUAAGUGACGAUUGGAAUGACUGCAUGGACUGGCGUUUUCGGGGGAUUGGCGUUUGCAAUCUGGCGAGAAGGAUAUGCACGAGAAUAAUACGCGGGGGGGAUACGCGCUGCUGAGUGGAAGGCGGGAGCUGCACAUCGAGAGCCGCACAUCUGUAGACUGGACGACGGGGAGCUCGUACUGCAGACCCAGAAGACAGACACACGACACGACACAGGCUCUUCGACCUCUCACAGGACCCCUCACAACACAUGUGCGGCAGAAGGCGCGGUGGAGAAGAAUAAGCAUAGCAUAGCAGAGCAUAGCAGAGCAGAAGACGAGCAGCGUAUCUACCCUACCCUACCGCA